AUGCCCAAACGAACACUUUUUACCAAUAUUACCCCUCUUCCUCCCCAGGUAUCGCGCGAAGUUGCAAUUGCUAUGCUUCAUAACCAUGACGAAAUGAUUGAGCUAAAUCCACUGGUCAUUGAACAUCAUCCGAUCAAAACUCCGCGAGAUGCGCCUGCCGACGAAUUCUUGGACUGCGUCUGGCAAGAACUGACUGACAAGAUUCAUUACUUGCCUGGGGGUAUUGUAAAAGGGAAAGUCAGCUACAAGGCCUGCUUCCACGACACACCAUAUGGACUACAAACACACAUCUACGCGCCUAUGGGGCUGGACAUCCGAGAAAAAUGGUCGAUUGGAGGAUCUCUACCUGGAGAACCCCCCGAGGUGCGCGAACUAGGAGUGGAUGCCCCUCGACAAGGCUUAUACUUGCGAGAGGAUGGCGACAUGAGGUGCAAUAUCUUGUUGACCUCCUUUGUGCGGAAGAACCUUGACAAUGCGCACAAAGUCCUCGUCGAACGCAUCCUCAAGAAAGCCGAGCGUGUGGAAGAGCACCAGCAGACCAUGUCAGGAUUCCCAACGAGCCCGGCAGGCCCACGAUUUCAACCUGGCUCUCACAUGUCGAAUUCACAACUCCUGAACGCUCCGAUAGCCCAAAGACCACUUUCGCCUCAGAUGCUGUCGCCUCAGCAAGAUAUGGGUUGGCAAACGAUGGCCAACCAUCCUGCAUUCCGAAUGGAUGACAAGCGCAUGAGCACAUAUACUCUCCCACCGUAUCAAGCCAACAAUUCGCAGCAGCACAUGAGCUAUUAUGCUCCAAUGAAACAGCCUGAUCCUCCCAAACAAUUCAUGGCCGAGUUACCUGGCUCAACCUACCAUACUGGACAUCUGGCUCCGCCUGUGCAUCAGACCCCACCGCCUCCUCCUCCUCCUCCUCCUGGUCACCGAAUGAGCACGAUGUCUGAAUUGUCAGGCUCAGAAGCGGCACCCAAAGGGUCACCGAAUCCGCAAGCGUUAUCAGAUCGAUCUAGCAUAAUAUCAGAGAUCCCCGGUCACCAAAGACACAGUGCGCAGGAAUAUGCUCCGAAUAUGAAUCAAUCUGUGGUAUCUGGGCCAUCAGAUCGUACCAGCAUGAUCUCUGAGUUGCCUUCAGGUCAACGGACACAAAGCAAUGGAUACGCGUCUCAACCGAAAAGCUGA